UCUGAAGAUGUUUAUAUUUGGAUGUGGUUGUAUCUCUUUGUUAGCUUUUUCUGGUUUAUCUCUUCAUUGUUUCUUGCAAUGAGCAAAACUCGCUUUAAGAGAUCAAGUAAAUUGAUUGUCAUAGCCUGGUUGGUUAUAACGAGUAUUGUUUGCAUAAUGGAUUUCAUCUUGGCCAUAUUCUUUGGUUUAGAUUAUCAGCACAUUCACGAUUUUCAGGUGUUAAACUCAAUAUUAGGCGGUAAGCCUCUGGCAAUGCAAACGGCUGCUGGGCUUAUGAUGGCAAUGGCAAUGAGAGGAUUUGUUUUAUGGUUUAUAAAUGCAUGUUUGAUAGCAUAUAUCACGACAAUUACUGUACUUUCAGAGAAAACCAAAAUGCCAAAACAGCACAUGCAAGGCAACACUUGGUUAUAUGAUAACAUUUCGAUUGGCGGAGGUGAUUUCGGAGAAAGCAAACCGAAAGGACUUCCAAAAACUAAUCCCCCUACAUCUGGAUGGGCUUCACUCCAAGAGUUAAUGAGAAGAUACAAAAUUCACACACCCAAAAGAAGUAAAACGCCUGUCCAGGAUAAUGGACAAGUAAAUAAUGGAUUCCAAUCAGAUCCACCUUUACAAUUCGUCUAUCCAAGGGUCUCAAAUGAUAGAGAUUUUUAUGAAAACAGUAUGUUUUAA